AUGGCGACCAGACAAAACACCACCGUCGUCAUCGCCAGCGAUGGCGAUGUCCUACUCACCGCGAGUGACCGCACCUUACGGGCAUCAAGUGAGGUCCUCAUCAAGAGCUCAAGCCGAUUUCUCCCAUUUCUUGGGCCACGCCGCAAGAAAGGACAACUUCUCCGGAGUUCACAGCAAUCACGAAUCCUCGAAGUGAUUCUUGAAGACGGCCAGGCCAUGGAAUAUCUAUGCCGACACCUUCAUGGCGCACGACCGCAAGACCUUCAUAUAGAUGGGCCUAUCGAGACUCACCUGCUACGACUGGGAGAGUUGAUCGAGAAAUACGGUUGCUCAGCGAAACUACAGGAACAAAGUCGAGUAUUGCUGUAUGGAUUCAUGACAGUCCCUAACCGCCUCAAGAAUGAUGACAUUGAAGACACCUGGUGCACUCAACCCGCUGCCGCGGCAUACCUCAUGCGCGAAGGGGAUUGCUUCGCCCGCGCCACUCAUGCGAUCGAGCGCAAACGCUCUGCUGCGUGUUAUCAUUUGACGUUCGGUCUUGGAGAUCACUUGUUGAAUGUGGCGGGUAACGAUUGUGAUGGCGAGUGUAACAAGGUGGCAAAGGAAGUCGUAGAGAAGUCCUUCGGGGGACAGUGGCCAGGCAAGCGCUUGCCCAUCGCGACGACCAUCUCGAAGGCGAAAAUCAUUGGAGAGCAGUUGACCUGUCCCCACGGGGCCCAGAAUGGUGACCAGAUUCGGAGAGCCAACAUACACAGGAUUUGCGAGGAGGCUGAGAAAAUGUCUGGGGGUAUAUGCAUGCGCUGCGUCCUGACCAGGGCUGACCUUGACAAGAAGUGCACGACGAGGGGUCACACUUGUAACGACCGAGCUGAAGAGGGAGCAGGCUCGCUCAAGGAGUCGGCCAAAUCUUGA